GGGUCAGUUCAAGUUCGCGCAUGUUGGUGAAAUAGUAGUAUUUUAUCCCUUCAACUGACACAUUUCAAUUACUACAGAUUCAUGUAAUAACUUAUAAUACAGACAUUCAAAUAGUUCAAUCUCAAGUUUUAGAUAUACUAUAUCUAUAAGAGUGCAGGAUGCCGUCGCUCAGCUGUAGAUUCUACCAGCACAGGUUUCCAGAGGUAGAAGACGUGGUGAUGGUCAACGUGCGCUCCAUCGCAGAGAUGGGAGCCUACGUAAGCCUACUGGAGUACAACAACAUUGAAGGCAUGAUCCUUCUUAGCGAGUUGUCUCGCAGACGUAUCCGCUCCAUCAACAAACUCAUCAGGAUCGGACGCAACGAGUGUGUGGUCGUCAUCCGAGUGGAUAAGGAGAAAGGUUACAUUGAUCUGUCCAAGAGAAGAGUUUCACCCGAGGAGGCAAUCAAGUGCGAAGACAAAUUCACCAAAUCCAAAACGGUGUACAGCAUAUUGAGGCAUGUGGCUGAGGUGCUGGAGUACACCAAAGAUGAGCAGCUGGAUAGCCUGUUCACACGCACCGCCUGGGUGUUUGAUGAGAAGUACAAGCGGCCUGGAUACGGAGCCUAUGAUGUCUUCAAACAGGCUGUGGCGGACCCAUCCGUUUUAGAUUGUCUGGACCUGACAGAGGAGGAGAAGUCUGUCCUCAUUGACAACAUCAACAGAAGACUCACCCCACAAGCUGUCAAAAUCAGGGCAGACAUUGAGGUGGCCUGUUACGGGUAUGAGGGGAUUGAUGCUGUCAAAGAAGCGUUGAGGGCGGGGCUGGGCUGCUCUACAGACGCCAUGCCCAUCAAGAUUAAUCUGAUAGCGCCGCCACGCUACGUCAUGACCACCACCACAAUGGAGCGUACAGAGGGUCUCUCUGUCCUCAACCAGGCCAUGGCUGCCAUCAAAGAGAAGAUUGAAGAGAAGCGAGGAGUCUUUAACAUCCAGAUGGAGGCGAAGGUUGUAACAGACAUAGAUGAGACAGAGCUGGCCCGCCAGCUGGAACAACUGGAGAGAGAGAACGCUGAGGUGGACGGAGAUGACGAGGAUGGAGAGAUUGAGGCCAAGGCAGAGGACUAAACUAGAUGAAGAACUGAGGGAUUGGAUACGACGACGAGACCAAUUA